UGCAGCAAUAUUACAGCAUUUAGCAAACCUUUGCGGUUGUCACGUUGUUGCGUGCUCUUUGCACACCAGUCACAAUGCGAUACGUCUGAUAGUCAUUGAAAAAUAUUUGAAAAAUCAGAGUCAUUGUAGAAAACACUGGGAUAAAGAGGCUGACACGCUAGCCGGUGUGUGUGUGUGUGGAGGAGACUACUGUGAGAGUUUACGGGACGGAAGGCUUUGAAGCUUGCUGUGGUGCAACACCAUGAGGGCGUGUAAGAACUGCGGCAGCACAGAUGUCGAUGUGGAUCAGGCGCGUGGAGAUGCCGUCUGUAUGGGCUGCGGCUCGGUGCUGGAGGACAACAUCAUCGUGUCUGAGGUGGAGUUUGUGGAGACGGGAGGCGGAGGGUCGCUGGCUGUUGGACAGUUUGUUUCCUCAGAAGGUGCAGGUCCAAACCCAUCUUUUGGAGACGGUCACAUCACAGGAGUGGGGAGGGAGUCCAGAGCUCAGACGCUGCAGAGAGCAAAACAGGCCAUCAACACUCUUGGUCACCAGCUGCAGAUGAACAAGCACUGUCUCGAUACGGCCUUUAACUUCUACAAGAUGGCGCUAAUGAAACACCUGACCCGUGGACGCAAAUCCUCCCAUGUCAUUGCCGCCUGUCUCUACAUGGUCUGCCGUACAGAGGGAACACCACACAUGCUGCUGGAUCUCAGUGAUCUCGUGCAGGUGAACGUGUACGUGUUGGGGAAAACUUUCCUUGUACUGGCCAGAGAACUUUGCAUCAACGCCCCUGCAAUAGACCCGUGCCUGUACAUUCCCCGCUUUGCUCAGCUGUUGGAGUUUGGAGAAAAAAAUCAUGAAGUCUCAAUGACGGCGAUGAGGCUGGUGCAGAGGAUGAAGAGGGACUGGAUGCACACAGGGAGAAGGCCGUCAGGACUCUGUGGAGCAGCUCUUCUUGUUGCUGCUCGUAUGCACAACUUUCGUCGAACCCUCAAAGAAAUUGUCAGCAUUGUAAAAGUGUGUGAAAGCACGCUACGAAAAAGAUUGACAGAGUUUGAGGACACGCCCACUAGUCAACUGACCAUCGAAGAGUUCAUGAAGGUGGAUCUUGACCAGGAGUGUGACCCUCCCUGCUUUAAAGAAGGUCUAAGGAAGAAAAAAGCACAGCAGCUGGAGAUUGAGCUGAAGAAAAAGAUGGGUGAUGUUGAAGAUGAAAUUCAAAGCUACCAGGAUGAAAUCGAUGCAGAGCUGGAGAGCUGUAGACCCAAACUUAGAGGAGUUUAUGCUGCCUACUCUAAAGAAAGUGCAGGACAGAACGACUGUGAAAAUGACAACGGCGACAUCCUCUCUACAUCCUCCAAGAUGGAGGACAUUGAGGAACACCAAGAGGGAGAUGAGCUUCAGGCGGUGGCCAAGCACUUUGGCAAAGAACUCGAAGAAAUCACACUAGAGGCUCUGAUCAAACUAGAGCAAACGAGACCAGAGGGGCAAGAGGGGGACCAGGAGCAGGAGGACGUCCCGAAGCGAAUGGGCCCAUCGCUGGCGUCCAUCCUGGGCAAGAUGCCCACAGCAGCCACUCUCGGUCUCAAUGAGUCCAUCAGCAGCUGCAUCAAUAAUGAAAAGGAGAAUGAUGGUGCUGCUGACAGCGGGGAGCUGGACCUGAGCGGAAUCGAUGACAAAGAGAUAGAGCUGUACUUGUUGAGCGACAAAGAAAUCCAAAUCAAGACGGCGCUGUGGAUGGCAGAAAACUCCGACUACCUCAAAGAGCAGAAAGAGAAGGAGGCAAAGAUAGCGAAGGAGAAGGAGCUGGGGAUCUACAAAGAGAAGAAGCCCAGAGGACCGAGCAAAAAGCGCCAGCCAAUCCGAGCCAACACCGCAGACGAGGCCAUCGAGAAGAUGCUGGAGCAGAAGAGGAUCUCCACAAAGAUCAACUACGACGUCCUGAAAGACCUCAACGUCAAGUCUGGUGCCAGCCCGGCUCGUACAGACGAUACUCCAAAGAAAGAACCGACUGCUUCGAAACUGACCCCACGAAACCGCAAACCUGCUCGAGCUCCACUCAGCCUCAGCACGCCACUCAGCACCCUGGGAAAAAGGCUGCAGCCGUUCAUCAGUGGACAGCCCAACAAGAAGCCCACCUUGGAGCAGGUUGCCAACUCCAACCCCCUGCCGCUGCCCAUGGGAGCCCCCGUCAGCAAUGUGGUGGUGGAGAGCGGGCCGGUCGUGUACGAUGAUGCGGUUGCUGAUGAGGAAGACGAAGACGAGGAGGAGCCUUGUGUCAGCGCCAUGGACCUGAUGGGCGGAAACGAUUACGGCUUUGAUGGAGAUUACGACGAUGGAUUCUAGCUGAGGUCUUCUCUGGCAUAUUAUCCCCAAACUUUGGACCAUUCUGAAUCCUCAAGUGUAUCAAAUGUUUACUUCCAGAAACAUAAGAUAGCCGCUGCUAUAAAGGAAUACCUAGAUAUCAUACAGGUGGAAGAAUUUCCAUCGGAUCCGUAUGGGACGUGUGUGCAAAGAAAGAACAGCAUUGGAGAAAUCUCAGUACUUGAACCAUUUGGUAUCCCAUGUGGCUAAUGUGAUGCUUAUAAACUGACAGAGGUGCAGAAGUGGAAUUUAGGCUAUAAGUGUAUUUAAAAGUGUUGUUUUCAGGCAGCUUGUAGAGAUACAACUGCAGAAUCAAAGGUAGCAACUGCUGCAGUUAGCAUUGGUUUGUUAAUUUAUAAGACAGAGGCUGUUAAUAUAGAAACUGAGCUUAAAGCUGUCUUUAAAUGGCUUCAAAAACUGGACAUUUCUGUGGUAUUACCAGCAUUAAAACCUUAGAUGAAAGAGUUCAGUAAGGAUGAAAUUUACACUAAAAUAUAUGUAAUGCUGGACAGAGUACAAUUAUAGUUCUAAAGAACCAGAGGACUUUUUUGCUGUUUUUUUCCCUGAAUUUUCAAAUACCAGAACAGUUAUGAAGCUUUAUCAUCAUACUGAUAUGCAACGCGAAUAUACUACAAAAUUUGGCGAGGCAGGCCAAGACAAUUUUUAAACAUUUAAUUAUUAUUGAAGAUAUCAGGGACCACAGACAUAAGGAUAGUUUCAAACAAUUUUUAUUCUCAUAAUCCUCCAAACGUGCAAACUAGAUGAGGCCUUGAGACCGCGCACUUGCUGCUUGUAGGAAAGACCUCACAGUGAGGAUUGCUCAGAAAUGAGAUCUCAUUGAAACUUGUGUGAUCGAAUGUGACUGAAAAGGAAAAAUUCAAGACAGUCUGGCAGACGUCUCUGACUGUUACUGUAAGAGACCAUGUUGUCAGAAUGAAAUUGUCGGAAUUUGCAAGUGCAACAUAUUUCAAGUUUGAAUUUUUUUUAAAUCCAACUUUAUUUAUAAACAAAGUCUGGCAGUUAGAGUCAUAAAAUAAUUACAUUGAAAACAUUACAGGCUAAGCUACAUUACAUAAAUGAAACAGAAAAAAGGUCAGACCCAGGGUGAAUUUAUGUGUAGAUCCUUUUUAGAAGUAGAUAGGCCAACAGGGACUGAUUUUAGCUUUGUUAGCUUUAAGCUAACAAAGCCAAGUUAGCUCUGUAGUUAACAUUACUGUGUAAGCCAGUGUAACUCACUUAGCUUUAGCAAUGUAAGCUAUUAAGCAAACAAAGCCAAAGCUAACAUAGCUAUGUAAGCUACAUAGAUAACUUAGCUACAUAGCUUAUGUGGCACAAUAGCUUUGUAGCUUCAUAGGCAGAGAUAUUCAUGAGCUUAAGCUACAUUAUCUAUGUAUCUCUGGUAUCUAAUGAAUCUACAGUGACUUAUAAAGUUACAUAGCUCCGGUAUCCUCAUAGCUUACAAAGCUACAUAGCUCUGGUAUCUACAUAGCUACAAAGCUACAUGACUUCUGUAUCUGCAUAGCUCUGAAGCUACAUAACUCCUGUAUCUGCAUAGCUAUAUAGCUUCAGUUCCUACAUAUUUGCAAAGCUACCCAGCUCUGGAAUCUACACAGCUACUUAGCUACAUAGCUCCUAUAUCAACAUAGCGAAAUAGCUUCAGUAUCAACAUAGCUACGAGACAACAUAGCUCUGGUAUCUGCAUAUCUACAUAGCUCUGGUAUCAACAUAGCAUAUGUAGCUACGUAGCACUGCUAUCUACAUAGCUUGUGAAGCUACUUAGCUCCAGUAUUGACAUAUUCUACAAAGCUACAUAGCUCUAGUAUUUACGUAGCUCCUGUAUCUUUAUUACUUACACAGGUAAUGGAGCUACGUAAUCCUUGUUUGCUGUGUUAGAAGGUUUUCAUGGAGGUCAAGCUUUUAUUUCUGUAAGCAGACCGUUUAUUCGGCUUUAUCAAGCAUUCAGUAAUUAGGUUUCCCAGGUCAGUAUUUUCACUUUUAACUUUUUUGUCCUUACUGUUACCUUAACCCUUAGCCUAGUCGAAUCAAAAGUUUAAUCUGAUUUUAUUUUGAAAGUUUUAGCUUGUAUUUUUGUUUGGACAGAUGCUGUGUCUCAUGGUAAUGGUUUGCAAGAGGGGGCCUCUGAGAGCCAUGGUAUCCCCAGUUAGCAUGGAGGACAAUUUUACUCCUCGACUGGCUGUCUUGGCAAAUCUGGCAAAUUAAACAUGUGUAGUGUGGGGCCAGCUUGACAUGUAAGCAACUUUUUUCCUGAGAAACACCAAAGCGCUGUUUGUUAUGAGGCAUCCUUUAAAGAAGGAAUGCAAAACAAAUUUGUCUCUGGAAAGUUUUUAAUAGAAAUAAUAAGUAAGGAUGGCUGUAUGUAUGAUUUAGCAAAAAGUAAAAGAACAAAAUACAAAACCUAUAAUCCUUCGAUCUGCACUUUGCAUUUAAAACACUUGAGUACUUACAGUAAUAUACAACAUCCUGAAGUACCUUAUAUAUGACUGUUUCCGUCUUACCUGUGAAUGAAAUGUACCCUGAAUAAGCAUCCAAAAUCAGGUAGCGUGAGAUCAAUCAUUAUUAACAGUUUUAAUUUCAUCACUGCUGCUUCACAUGAGGUUAAUCUUUUUGCUUGGAUCAGUUUUUCUGAAUGCCUUAGGUGAUCAACGGACCGACAUGCUGUCUGCUCUGUUGAAGCCAAAGUAUCACAAAGAUGUUGCCUUCAAUCGAUGAGUGCCAAUAUUUCCUGACAUGUUUGUGUGAAACAGUUUGGUCUUAAUUACACAUCAAGUUCUUUAAGGGAAUUUACUGUUUGCUGUUUAUUUUGACUUUAAUUUAGUUUGGGCCUCUCUUUAUUGUUUUUUAAUUGAAUCGCUUCUUUAUUGUUAAUUUAUAAGAUUAUGUUUGUUGUAUAUUCUUCUUCUCUUUUUGCUGUAACGGGCCACAGCUGGGAUGUAAAUAUAUUCUCUGCACUAUUUUCUUCCUCAUACAAAAGACAAUAAGAGCACAGAUUUAUUUUGUAUUUAAGCUUUUUUAUUUCUGUGUUUAAAGAGGAUUCCUGGGAGGAGAAAUGAUUGGUGCCUUUUUUGAGUCCACACAACAGUGUUUAAUGAGGCGACUGCCUCGUCCUGCUGCUAUCAGUCAUGACGUUACAUCUGCAUUUUGUUGUGUGCAUCCGCUGCUACAGUAAAGAUUUCAC